AGUAUAUAUAUAAGAGAGGGAGGACAGAAGGGCGAGACUUCAGUUCAUCUUGUGACGUGGUUAAAAUGAGCAUUAUCGAAGAGGGACUGAGAUACCACCACCAUCACCACCUCAACCACCACCACCACCACCACCACCACAACAACAACAACAACAACAACAACAAUUUGAAUCCUAUCUUGUUCUAUACGUGAUUGGAACCUUACUUUGUCUGUCUUUGGUUCAUUGGCUUGACAUAAUGGAGGAGGAAGAGGAAGAGAGAGGAGGAGGAGGAGGAGGAGGAGGAGGAGGAGGAGGAGGAGGAGGAGGAGGAGGAGGAGGAAAAGAUUCAUACAUAGAAAGAUUAAAAGGUGUGCUGGAAAAGAGCCCCCUGUGGAGUCUGCUAAGGGGAGCGGCGCCCCCUGUGCAGCCCCCGUGGGAAAGUGAAGGAAAAGUGGUACCAGCAGCCCCCGGGGAGUGGGUGCGGCCCCUGGGGAACAUGGAGGCGAUGAUGGCCUAUGGGGGAAGCCUCGGGUCCCUUAACACUGUGGUCGCGAUGUGGCUGUCCUCAACCCAGCCAGUGCCGAAAGAGACUAUCAGGGAGGCUGUGAGGAUGCUUGGAAGGAGGACAGGGAUACUACAACUGUGUGUGGCGCGGCGAUCUCUGCGGCCCUGGUUCAGAAGAGUCACCACAGAACACAUACCCUUCCAAGCCGAGACAGGAGACCCUCUGGAGACCUACACAAGAGCGUUAAAUGAACCCUACGACAUGGUGAAGGGUCCGUUGUGGCGCGUGAGACUGGUGACCGGGGAGAAAGUGAUGAAUGGUGCUCUUGGUGCUAAUGGUGGUGUUUGGUGUGGUGUGGUGAUGAUAUACCUACACCACUGCAUUACUGACGGUGUGACCAAUAUGCUGAUCUGCCAGGAUUUCAUAGACAUACUCAAUUCGCUCCUAACACCAGUUCCUAUGCCAACCCAGUCUCCCACAGUGCGCCCCGUCACCCCAGCACUGGCGGAUGACCUUUUAACACCCACUGACUACCUCAAAGCUGUUCCCUACCUUGUCACAAAGCUGGUCGGGAGGUUAAUCUUAUCAUACAACAGGAAACUCUACCUAAAUGGGGUUCUGCCGCAGCCUAGGACACCAGAGGCACAAACCCACGUCCUACAACGGCAUCUGACACAAACACAGACCGCUAGACUUGUGAGAACGUGCAAAGAGAGAGGCGUGACUGUGCAUAGCUGUGUGGUGGCUGCUGCAAACAUAGCCCUUCUGAGAGUCGCACAGAAACGCAGUAAGGGAGUGAAAACUGCGGCUUUUAACACAACGAACUGCGUGAAUCUGCGUCGCUAUUACCAUUAUGAUCAGAGAAAUGCUACCGGGUGUCACAUUGGCCUAGAGGAACAUGAACAGGUGGUGGAAGAGGAGGAUGGUGAGACUGAGGAAAGGUUUUGGCAGUUUGUGAAGGUUUUGCACGAUCGACUGAAGGCAAGCUUGGGUCCAGAGAGAAGGCCUGUGAGAAAUGGACCGCUUUUGAGACCGUGCUGUUUGGUGCUCUGGGCCAAUCACAAACUCACGGACCGGGGAAAGAAGAACAGAACAGACGCGCAUUUCAUGACAACGAACAUGGGUGACCUUCGUGACCUCUUCCCAGGGGUCACGAGGUCACGAGACGCGCAAGAGAGGUCACCGGUGGAGGCUGUACACAUUCUACGCUCCGUCAACGCACAAUAUGGCGGUCACCCGUUCACACUGACCUUCCACACGUAUAGAACAAGAUUGCUCCUUUCUGUAGAUUAUUUCACAAACAAGAUCGCUGACAAAGUUGCCCAAAAUUUCGUAGGAAGUUUUCAUAAUGUUUUGGAGAAUGUGUGUGAGUGGGCUGGUGGUGGUGGUGGUGGUGGUGGUGGUGGUGGUGGUGGUGAUGUGUAGGAGGAGGACUUAUGAGA